CCCCUUGAUCGAGUGACGGAUUGCAUGCCCAGGCUAGCAGAGCCUAGCGAUAAUAUAGCUAGCGGCAUCGCAUCCGAUCCGGGGCGCGGCGCGCGCCGGCGCGGCGGGGAAUGAAGAGAUCUUGGAUCAGUGCAUGCAGCGCAGAGAUUUCUCUCACCACAUGUAUCCGUUGUAGCAUUAUCAGUCAAAAUCAGGGACUUGUCAACGGAAAUUUGGAUAAGCAAGGCCAGAUAGAACAGAAUGGAAGGUGAUUGGCAGGACUAUGAAGACUAUGGUGACAUGAUGAUGGAAGAUUAUCUUCCAUCCUUAGAAGAUCUGGAAGCAAUGGGAAUUGACCCUGAACAACUUCGUGAUCUUCCUGAUGAUGCACUUUAUCAACUCAUUCAACAAUACAUGAUGAAUAACAACCAAAUGUAUGAUUAUGCUCCGGGAUCUGAUAUGGGAGCAGAAUCAGAUUUCUCACAUGUUCAGCAUAUCAAAGAUUGUACAAUGUCUGUUGCAUUGCAAGGGAUUCACCUUAUGCUCCCUCUCUUCUUACUUUGUGUGAGCUUGAGAGUGUCUGCUCUACUAGAAAUUCCCAUAAAAUUUCUUCACAUGGUGUGUGCAUGUUCUGGUCUGUAUCUGAUGUGGAUAACAUUCCAGGUGGAUGCAGCAUACAUUAUCUGUCUUGCUCUACUCGGUUAUAUCCUGCUGUAUGUCCUUAUUCACAUUGAUGUCAAACAGAAAGGACCUAUCUUAGCCAUUUUAUGCAUCAUUACCGUCAUUUUAUUGGAGUUGUUCGUAGCGGAUCCUGUCAGUUGGCACAAAGUUAGAGGUGCACAGAUGAUUUUGUUAAUGAAAGUGAUUUCAGUAGGCUUUGAUCUAGAUCAAGGGAUAUUGUCCAGUCUGCCUGAUAUCUUUGAAUACUUUGGCUAUACCUUCUGUGUUGGAACAUGUAUCUUUGGUCCAUGGGUGAGCUUUUCCAACUACAUGGCAAUGCUACAACCACACCAGCUGAAUCUACAGUGGUUUGUCCAUGCUAUUACCAAUGCAUUAUUAGCUGUUCUGUGUCUUCUGCUUUCAGUGUGUGUAACACCUGUUCUAUUUGUCGGCUACAAAGCAAGGUGGUUGCUGGCAUACAGUGAUGCUGCUUCAUUUCGAUAUAGUCAUUACUUUGUGAGUUAUCUAUCUACUGCAUCUAGUGUACUAGCUGGAUAUGGUGCAGUAAAAGAUAUUGAUGGAAAUACCAGCUGGGAGUUCUCUGUGGCUAAGCCCAUUCAUAUAGAGAUUCCAAGAUCACUUGUUGAGGUUGUAACUAACUGGAACCUACCCAUGCAUUAUUGGCUGAAAAAUUACGUUUUCAAAACGAGUCAAAACUUUGGCAACUUUAUUGCAGUACUUGUGACAUAUGCUGUCAGCUCAAUCCUUCAUGGUCUUAACUUUCAAUUAGCUGCUGUUCUUCUUUCUCUGGGAUUCUAUUCAUAUUCAGAACAUGUAUUCAGACAUAAAUUAGCUGAUAUAUUCAGUGCCUGUAUAAGGGCAAGGAGAUGUAGAGAAGAGUGCCCACAUCAUUAUAAGAAUACACAUCCAUGUGUGAUUACAGUCAAUCUUAUGUUUGGCCUCUUGGCUGUAUUUCAUCUAGCAUAUCUUGGAGUUAUGUUCAAUACAGAUGCAGAAAUACAGGAAGAGGGUUACACAAUGGAACACACACUUGAGAAGUGGUCCAACCUUGGCUAUGCUAGUCAUUAUGUAGUACUUGGAACGUUUCUCUUCUACUGGCUAAUCAAGUGAUCUUUCAACUUUUUUUAUAUAAUCAUGAGUAAAACUACGCACAAGUCAUUGUUCAAUAUACAAUUUUCACAUAUGUAUAUAUUUUGGAAAAGAAUGUAAUUGUUUUCCUCUUCCUGUUUAAUUGCCAACUAAUGCAAUAAAUGUGUUGUUUUUUUCAACUGAACAGUGAUCAAAAGAUUUAAUAAUCCAUUGCAUCAAACUGCCUCAGGACCUCUAUCAUACUGAUAGACAUGUCUAGUAAGGACAUGUACAGUAGAAUUUUCAGUUUCUCCUUCAGUCAUAUAUAAGAACAAGGCAACACAGAACUAUCAGAAAUAUUUAACAGUGAUUUAGGAAUUAUGUAAUGAUUCUGUAAGAUCACCAUCGGUUGACCACCUUUACAAGAAAUGGAAUGUUUAAUACCAUGGAGCUACUCUGAGAAAUAAGGGAUUAACUUGAGGUAUUAUUUGGCUAUUGAAGCUCCAAGACCCUCCCAUUUUGUUUCUUCCAAGAAAAGAGGACUAAAAACAAUUGAAAUUUGCAGAAAGAGACGUCAAAUUAAAUUACUCCAAAAGUUUGAACAUCUUUAUUGGUAUGAAUAAUGAUUAAUAAAAGAGCUUAACUAGUUCUUAAAGAAGAUUAAAGUGAGGGAAAUAUUUCAAUACUUCUUGUUAGUGCAUCCACAUUCUUAUGGUUGGUAGCUUUAAGAAAGAAUACUGAAAACUGUAAUAGGACCAUUCUGACCGCAUACAACCAUUAUAUUUGUGUAUUUUUUAGGUGAAGGUGAUAUACAAGUAUGCUUAUCAUGAUUUGUGAUUUGACAUCAAGCAGAGGAAGAGUUAAAUACAAAUCCCUUUUCAAUGUUUUUAAAGCCUAGGUGACCAUCUUACAGAAAACUUCAACUUUAUUUUUGAGUUUUUGAGUAGGUCUUAUAUGAACCAUAUCAUCUGUCAUUCACAGCCUUUGGGAUUUCAUAGUCCAAAUCAUAAAAUGGAGUUGAGUAUGUAUUUUGUGAAAAUGAAGGGAUAUUUGUAACAUAUGUUAAUACUUGUACCUGAAUAACUGAACUUCUGAAUACUCACUUUAUGGGGUUGUGUAUCCUGACAAUAAGUUCAAACAUUGUAGAAAAAUAUAGGUGAAGGUGUGAUAAGUAUCCAUCAAAGAAUAUUGAAGGGAGAGAUGAAUUUCAAAAGUUUUGAAUAUAUGAUGCCAUAUAUGAGAGCAGCUCCCACAUAUAUCAUGUACCGGUAAUAUGAAUUUUAAUAAAUU